AUGCUGUCCAUUCCUCGUGUACGACCUAAGAGGGCUGGGCGAGUCAGGCGUGAAGAAGAGCUCCUCAGCGACGAAAACCGGAAAGAGGUUCAAGGGUUGAGAUCUAGUAAAGUAACAGAUGAGACUAGACCAUCAACGCCAUGGCCGAAAUACAAAUACAGAAUCAGUCCACCUGUCCCUCCUCGCCCGUCAGAACCGCUGUUCCACCGGACCCUGCUCGAACACGCACACAAGCCUUCUUUAACAAUUCAGAGACCAUCGGUACACGGCGGCGACGGCAGCCACGACCACUACGACAAUGGCAGGCCUCGAGCAACCCUGUUUCGGUCGCCGGAGCAGAGCUCGAAAGGUGAAAAUAUCGUCGUCGUCGAUGCUGAUGCAGAUACAGAGUCGUUGAAACGGCUUGGAGACGUCGACGGAGAUAAAAGAGGCAAUGCUUUCUCUCGUAUACAGCCUGACGGAUGGCUCAAGGUCCUCCCUAAGAAAUGGGUCGAGGAAGAGUUCAGUGAUGACGAUCGAGACCCGCGGAUUAGCCAGAGCAUGUAUAGCCAAUCCUUCAUUGACCAAGACGAAGCGCCGACGAGUAUGAAAUCCGCCUUCGACAGCAGUAGCAGCAGCAGCCCCAGCAGCACUAGCGGUGAUGUGAUAAUACAAGACCUUGAUCUAAAUCUACUUCCUGCACCACUUCGUGUACCGCAACGACGACGUGCCGCCGCCGCCGCCGCCGCCGCCGCUGCUGCGAUACAUAAUUACCGAGGACUCAUCUAUGACGGUGACGAUGAGGAUCAAGGGGAGAAACUCCCGAAGCGUCAAAGCUCCGGUACAGGUACAAGUACACCCUAUCGAUCUAUGUCAGUCGCGGUCAUGUCGACGACUCAACACAGCAGCAGUAUUAGCGUUGGCGUCGACACCACAAAUGGUCAUGGCCAAGAGCAUGUGCUUGACCACGACCAUGACCAUGACCAUGAUCAGCAUGUAACGCCUCAUGUUCCGUCAUCAUCCUUCUCCCCUACGACAAACAAUCUAUUAUUAUCAUGUAGCUCUGAAAGCGAACCGGCAAAUCUCGCAUUACGCCUCCGUAUUCCUGGAACCGAAACCGAAACUGAAACCGAAACCGGUGUGAUAGAGAGAAAGGAUAACCAGAUCGAGGGCGAGGCAGAGGCAAGAAGCGAUGACGACGAGGCCGACGACGAGGCCGACGACGAGGCCGACGACGAGGCCGACGACGAGGCCGACGACGAGGCCGACGACGAGGCUGUACCAUCAGCAGCACGACCGGCAACAGCAACAGCAACAGCAACAAAAUCCCCUUCAGCACCAGCGGCGCCCUCAACCUCGACCUCAAGCUCAAGCUCAGCCUCGGCAGCAUCAGCAUCCGCAUCAUCAUCAUCAUCCGGAUCAUCAUAA